GUUUGGGUUGUCUUCCGAUGUGCAAAGAGGCAAAGCAAAGCGCCGUUACGGCUUCUGAGUAGCUUCUCGCCGUGUCUUUGCUGCCACCUCGGUGGAGGCUUUAUAAAGGCUUUUAUCAGAGGGCGCUUCACUUGGGACGUGGAGUAAAACUGCUUCUCGUUUGCCUGGACAGAGUUGGGGUGGAUGGAGUCUGUGCCGUAUCUGGAUAGGCCUCCGUCCCCGCUGGAGUUUUAUCGAGAGUGGGUGAGUCCAAACAAGCCCUGCAUAAUUCAGAAUGCCAUCAGCCACUGGCCAGCUCUGAAGAAAUGGACCUCAGCAUACCUUAGGGAGGUAGUAGGUCCCAAGGUAGUGAGUGUGGCAGUAACACCAAAUGGUUAUGCAGAUGCGGUGUUUCAGGACCGUUUUGUCAUGCCAGAGGAGCGCCAAAUGCCUUUCAUGGACUUUCUGGACAUUGUGGAGAAGAAAGUGACCUCUCCCAACGUAUUCUAUGUGCAGAAGCAGUGUUCAAACCUCACUGAGGAGUUCCCUGAACUUGUCUGUGAUGUGCAGUCUGACAUACCAUGGAUGAGUGAGGCACUUGGGAAGAAGCCUGAUGCUGUGAAUUUCUGGCUCGGAGAAUCAGCUGCUGUGACAUCUUUACAUAAAGAUCAUUAUGAGAACUUGUACUGUGUGAUAUCUGGAGAGAAACAUUUUCUACUGCAUCCACCGAGUGACCGUCCCUUCAUCCCAUAUGAGCUCUAUCAGCCAGCAACUUACCACGUAUCAGAAGAUGGCUCAUAUGAAAUUGUGGAUGAGAAGACUGCAGAUAAGGUGCCCUGGAUCCCUCUGGACCCUUUAAACCCAGAUCUAGAAAGGUAUCCGGAGUAUGCUCAGGCAAAACCUUUGCAGUGUACAGUGAAAGCUGGUGAGAUGUUAUACCUCCCUUCUCUCUGGUUCCACCAUGUUCAGCAAUCACAUGGCUGUAUAGCAGUGAAUUAUUGGUAUGACAUGGAAUAUGACCUAAAGUACAGCUAUUAUCAACUGCUAGAUUGUCUCACAAAAGCUGUGAAAGUGUUAUAGCAGAGGUGGGAGACUUGAGCUGGCAAUCUUCCUCCCUGAUGUGAUGCAGUCAUCAGCAUCUGUGACUGGAAUACAGACCUGAUUCAAGUGAAAAGAACUGAACACUGAAUUAUCUUCAACAACGAAUGUCAAACAGCUCAUGGCUAUUUUGCUUGAUUUCAGAGUCUCAGGUCAAUUGGCCAGGUUUUCCGGCUUGUAAGUAGAAGAUGCGAUAUCAGCAUUUUUAGGACUUUGCAUAUUGCCCCAGUGAUGGUGAACAGAAUAAAAUUUGAAAGGAGGCAAUCCAGGUUUUGGAAGUCCCAAAACAGAAGCCAUGACAUUUAUUUAGGUCUACAGAUGGUUUUUGUAACAAGCCAAAGGAAGAAUCUGCUCUGCCACCCAUGCGUCAGGCUGCAUCAGUCCAACGCAUACAUCCAGCUUAAGGCAAAAAUCCUGUCCAGUUGUGAUCACUAAGUUCAGUUGCUGUGGUGUUUUGGUGGUGAGAAGUUACAACUUCUGCAAUAAAAGGCCAGUUUAAAAGCUUA